CCUCUGAACAUCAUAGCUGCUGCUGCUAGCAAUGUGCUGUAUGCUAGCCACAAACUGAAGACAAGCUGCUGACUGAUCUCUUUCUUUGGCACCAAGGCUAAGCUUGGGUAGCCUGGGCAUGUUGGAAGUAUAAUCAGAUGCAAUGGAUCUAGAGGGGUUGCUAUGAAGCUUUGUGGAUAAAUAAAAAGCUACAAAGCUAAACUGGGACGAUUGCCAUCCACCCACAUCCUAUAAGACGAAUCCUUCGGGACCCCGGAUAUCAUGUCUGUUUGUUCACAAUCCAAUCCUCCUGGAGGCCCUAAUGGAAUUCUUAGAAGUCAGUCAUUUGCUGGUUUUAGUGGAAUUCCAGAACGUAGAUCUCGAUGUAACUCCUUCCUUGGAAGUACCUCAGUACCCAAAAAGCCUCAAGCAAAACAAAAGAAAAUGCACAACUUAGUUCAUAAGGGUAAUAGCGCAUCUAAAGAGCCUCAGCCUGAAAGGGUGAUAGAAAUAUAUGGAGCUUUAAAGAAUGGGCUUGAUGAAUAUCUAGAAGUUCACCAAGCUGAGCUAGACAAGCUGACUUCCCAAUUAAAAGACAUGAAAAGAAACUCAAGAUUGGGGGUUCUCUAUGAUCUUGACAAGCAAAUAAAGACGAUUGAGAGGUACAUAAGGAGACUGGAGUUUCACAUUAGUAAGGUGGAUGAGCUGUAUGAAGCAUACUGUAUCCAAAGGCGGCUCCGGGAAGGUGCAUGUAAGAUGAAGCAGGCAUUUGCUACCUCGCCUUCCAGUAAGGCAGCACGAGAGAGUUUGUGUGAGAUCAAUAAAAGUUAUAAAGAAUAUACUGAGAAUAUGUGCACGGUUGAAUCGGAGAUGGAAAACCUGUUAGGGGAAUUUUACAUCAAAAUGAAAGGUCUAGCAGGCUUUGCCCGACUUUGUCCAGGAGAUCAAUAUGAGAUUUUCAUGAGAUAUGGACGCCAGAGAUGGAAAUUGAAAGGCAAAAUAGAAGUCAAUGGAAAGCAGAGCUGGGAUGGAGAGGAAAUGUUCUUUCUCCCUUUGAUUACUAGUUUAAUUUCAAUCAAGGUUACAGAACUUAAAGGACUUGCGACUCAUAUUCUGGUUGGAAGUGUCACAUGUGAAACAAAGGAUUUAUUCGCUGCCAGACCUCAAGCUGUGGCUGUUGACAUUAAUGACCUCGGCACCAUAAAGCUUAACCUUGAAGUAACAUGGUGCCCAUUUGACACAGAGGAUCUGACUCCAUCCACUGGCAAUAUAAACAAAGCAACAGCCCUGCAAAGAAGAGUCUCCAUAUACAGUCAAGGCACACCUGAAACUCCAACCUUUAAAGAGCAUUCCUUCUUUAAAUGGCUGAACCCGCCACAAGACAGGCUGCGAAUGUCAAUUAUGGAUGCGCUUCAGGAGACUUUCUUUGACAAGCUCCGGCGCAGUCGCUCUUUUAGUGACCUACCUUCACUCAGGCUGAGGCCUAGAUCAGGGCAAGGGAGAUAUUCCAAUUUGCAAGAUGAUGUUUUUGAAAAUGGUGGGAACUCUGUUGAAAAGAGGGCUCUCUCCCUUAGUUUUGAAGACUUGCCCAAUGGUGACUGUACUCCACCCAGAUCAACUGCAUCUUCUUCUCUUGGCUACUCAAACCCUGAAAUCACUGUUACACCACCAGAGCAUAACCUCAGUGAACUAUCUUCAGAGGAUCCAUCUAUGGAUAACUCAAGUUCUCCAAACUCUCAGUCCUACAUAGAACAUACUGGUGAAAGUGAAGAAAUCUUGCCAGUAAAUAAAUCAGACUUGUCUUCUUGCCAAAAUCCCUCAUCCAGUUUGAAUAACCUAUUUAGAGAUUCAGAUGUGUCAGUGUCAAUACUACAAGACUCAGAUGAGGCGUCUGAGCUGAAGCCUGUGGAGCUGGACACUUGUGAAGGAAAUAUUACCAAACAGCUGGUAAAGAGGCUAACCUCAAGUGAAAUCAUUGCUUCACCAGACAGACUACAGUCUGAGUGCUCCACUUCUAGUGAAACUGAGGCUAGUAGGUCCUAUUUAGAUGGAAGCUUAGAAGAGUCAUUGCAAGGGCUCCUCUUAGCACUUGAGCCCUGUAAAGACCAAUAUACAGAAUAUCAGGAAUUGUACCAUGAAAUUACACACCUAGAAGAUGUUCUAAAAUGCAAACCAGCUGUAAACCGAAGCAGGUCUUCGAGUAUAAGUCUAACUAUUGAGAGUGCAUUAGAAAGCUUUGAUUUCCUGAACACCUCUGACUUUGAUGAGGAGGAUGUUGAUGUUGAUGAUGAUGAUGAUGACAUGAUUUGUAAUGGUGGAGGUGCAGACUCUGUGUUUUCAGACACAGAUGUGGAGAAGCCCAGUUACAGAGUUGGACAUCCAGAGGCAAGGGGACAUUUGAGUGAAGCAUUAACAGAAGAUACUGGGGUUGGUACCAGUGUUGCAAGCAGUCCCCUGCCGCUAACUACAGGAAAUGAAAGCCUUGAUAUCACACUGGUCAAACAUUUACAGUACUGCUCUGACCUUAUUCAGCAAAUCUUACUCUCUAGCCCCAUAUUAUUUGUAUUGAAAGACCUACUGAAGAAGUUAAGCAAGCAAAGUCAAAUCCUGAGGCAUCUAUCUGAAAUCAGCAGAGACUCUAUGGGCAACAUGAGCUCAGUUCUGGAAGUUAUCCCUGGAUUUAAAUCCAUGCCAUGUUUGUUAUCCUUGUGGAUAAAAUGCUGUACACCUGCACACACAUACCAUAUAUCUGCUGAAAGGAUGAUGAAGCAGUUGGAUGCAAGCUUUGGCCAAGCUGUUAACAAGGAGUGCCCCGGGCAUGCAGAAACAGUUUUCAGAAUGCUGGUAACUCAUAUUCUUGACAAAGGAGAGGCUAUUCUUUCUGCUAACCUAUUUGCAGAAACCAUUACGGUGUUCCAGUACUAUGAUUUCUUCAACAGCCUUAAUAUCAGUGAACUUAAGAAUUAUUUGAUUCAGCUAGCUAAGGAAGCAUCAGUGGUGCAGACAUCUAUAGAUGCAUCUUCACUCAAAGUGGAGGAUUUAUCUUCAUUCAGUUCACCUCCUUUGCAGGAAAUCCUAACAGCAUUGACCUUGCUCCUUACUGAAAAUGACAGUGAUGUCGAUAAAGCUUUGACCUUCCUCUCUUCUGCCGCAUCCAAAUCUGAUCAGUUCAGAGAAAAGGCUCUUUUAUAUUACUGCAAGGCACUCACUCAUUCUAAAGUUCCUCUGCAAAAAGCAGCAUGCCUGGCUCUCCGUUGCCUUCAGGCUACAGAAAGCAUUAAAAUGCUUGUUACUUUAUGCCAUUCAGAUGAUAAAGAGAUUAGGAAAGUUGCCUCAGAAACAUUACUAUCUCUAGGAGAAGAUGGGCGACUUGCAUAUGAAAGGCUUGAUAAAGCCCACAAGGAGAUUCCCUGUGCAGAUCACCAUGACGCUGCUGUUGCUACUGCCUUUUAGGAACAUAGUAACAAUAUAAAUGUUGACAGUAUUAAGAACUAUAUUGCCCUAACAGAUUUGGGGGCAUCAUGAACAAAGUCAGGCAAAAAAAUCCACUCCAGAUAAAUGAAUGAUGGUAACAUUUACUGACCUCUCUUACAUUUGGAAACUUGGAGGGAAGCUUCAGGAUUGUGAACUUAUCAAAAGGUUUACCCAGCACGACUGUUUAGUAAUCACAUUUCUUGGCAGCAGUACAGUUCCAAUGAACUUUGAAGAAAUUGAUCACUCUUUGCUCUGGGUUACCAGAUGUGACAAACACAAAUGAAUAUGGCCCAUAUCAUCCUAUUUGUCCAGAACUAAAGACAAGGUUCACGGCUCACGUUUCUGCCUAUAACAGCCACCUUUCACGUCGGGAGGAGCCCUUCGCUACUCGGAUGCCGCCAGGUCUAUAGUGAGAGAACCAAAGCAAGGGUUCAGGGCAGGCACGGAAUGGAAACGUGUCAGGAAUGACAGGGAGAGAGUAAGCGUGACUGUGGAACAGGCUGGAUUCAACACCAAUUAGGCAGUACAGAAUCAGGAGCUUAGUCAAGGACACAGGUCAGGAAUGACAGGGAAAGAUUAAGUGUGAUUGUGGAACAGGCUGGGUUCAACACCAAUCAGACAGUACAGAAUCAGGAGCGUAGUCAAGGACACAGGUCAGGGUCAAACCAAUCGGUAAAUGCAGUACAAAGUCAGGAUCCAGAAGAAUAGUCAGUAACAGGCUAAGGCCAGUACAGGCAGCAAAUCAGCAGAGGUCAGGGACAGAAAGGGUCAAGAACAGGAAACCAGACAAUAAACACACCCAGGAACUAUCUCACAAUAG